AUGAACUCCUUCAAGACCGCCGCCGUCUUCACCUUCCUCGCUGCCUCUCAGGCUAUGGCACUCCCUGCCUAUCAAUGCAACCCGGCACAUUCCUAUCCAGAAGGUGUUUCCUGUGUCUCGACCAACGGAGCACUUUCUCUGGUCACUCCUACUGCCUCAGCAACAUCUGGCUAUGCCUGCAAUCCCGCCCACAGUUAUCCAGCCGGAGCUUUCUGCACUGAGGUCUCUGGCUCCUUGACUCUGGUCACUCCUUCGCCUCAGGCUACUCACUACGCCUGCAACCCUGCCCACUCUUAUCCGAAUAAUGCCAAGUGCGUUUCCACCAACGGAGCCUUGUCUCUCGUGACUCCUGCUCCUCAAGCCACCCACUACGCCUGCAAUCCCGCCCACAGCUAUCCAAACAACGCAAAGUGCGUUUCUACCAACGGAGCCUUGUCUCUCGUCACUCCUGUUGCUCAAGCUACCUACGCCUGCAACCCCGCUCAUUCAUACCCGAAUGCAAAAUGCGUUUCUACCAAUGGGGCCCUGUCUCUCGUCACUACCACUCCCCAAGCCACUCACUACGCCUGUAAUCCAGCCCACGAAUAUCCCCAGGGCAUUCGCUGCGUCUCUACCAACGGUGGAUUGAGCCUCGUUACCCCUACUCCUGCUCCUACCACGUACUAG